AUGCUCGCCAAUGCCAAUUCGCUGUUCAAACUCGGCAGUGAUCCAACGUUUGAGCGUCGUUUCUCGGGAGCUCUCCAACUCCAGCAGGAUUUCUCAUGGCGUUCUGGAUGGGGCGUAUUAAAAGCGAAUAUAUUAUUUGUAUACAACAAACCUGAAGACGAGACAACUGCGCAACCAUUCCUUCUGCUUAUAAUUGAAGAUUGCUUCAUUGAAUUAUGCGAUGAAAAUAAGAUUGGAAAGGAUUUCACGUUCGAAAUAAAAUUUAAAUCAACUGGUCGAAGCUUCAUUUUUGCUUCAAAAGAUUUUAAAUCGCUCGGAAAAUGGGCAUAUCACUCGAAAUUCGAUGGGGAAAUGCAAAUCUUGCCUCUUGGCAACACCAACAUGGGAAAAUUGCCGUUGAGGACCAACUUCAAAGGACCAGCACCACAUACAUCCCAGGAGGAUGUAAUCGACGAAGCUUUAACUUAUUUCAAACCAAACAUUUUCUUCCGCGAGUUUGAGAUUAAAGGGCCUGCUGAUCGUAUGCUAAUUUAUCUCAUCUUCUAUAUCACAGAAUGCUUGCGAAAAUUGCAAAGGAGUCCUAACAAAAUCAGCGGCCAAAAGGAUUUGGCGGCGCUUGCGUUGAACCAUCAACUUCCAAUUCCUGGUGAAAACGGAUUUCCACUCAACAGCAUGUACAAGGCUCCUACCACGAAGGCUGACGAGGACGAGAUGAGGGCCUAUUUGCAGCAGGCGCGGCAAGAGCUUGGAGCUCGUCUUUGCGAUCUUGCGUUCCCAGAUCCUAACGAUAAACCAUCGAAGUGGUGGCUUUGCUUCGCUCGUCGUCGCUUCAUGGAUAAGGGCCUCGUCAGCCAAGGCGUUGUUCUGUAA